AUGAGCAUCUCACUGCCUAUGGCUGCGUCGCAGGUACUCAUUCUUCCGGCAGAGGAAAGUAGCUCGUUUUCCAAUGGCAGCGCGCUACCAGGAAGGUCAUACUGUUAUUUGGCGGCCAUUUCUCUUAAAGGCCUGUGUGGUUACUUCAGUCCCGAGGGUCGCACGAGAGUUGCGUCGGCGGCGAGUAUCCUGCAGCAUUUCCCCACUCCCGCAGCAGUAGUCGCGAUGAGUUUGCCCCUCAACCCCAAGCCUUUCCUCAACGGAUUAACAGGAAAGCCAGUAAUGGUGAAGCUUAAAUGGGGAAUGGAGUACAAAGGCUACCUGGUGUCUGUAGAUGGCUAUAUGAACAUGCAGCUUGCAAACACAGAAGAAUACAUAGAUGGAGCAUUGUCUGGACAUCUGGGUGAAGUUUUAAUAAGGUGUAAUAAUGUGCUUUAUAUCAGGGGUGUUGAAGAAGAAGAAGAAGAUGGGGAAAUGAGAGAAUAGCAUCUUUUGGGGGGAAUUUUUUUAUAUAUAUUUGUAGACAAUAAAAAUCUGUUUGGUUUUCA